CAUGGCCGGAACACAACAAACCUACAUCCGGUUUCAGCACGUUGCCUUUUCCCUUAUAUUACCAACAAACCUCAAGCGCGUUCUGUAAAAACAGAAACAAUUCACCAACAUGCCGAAAGCCAAGAAGUCAUCGAAGAGAAAAAAGUUCGACUACAACCAGGACCGGAAGAAGAUGAGGAAACGGUCCAACAAGAAAUACAACCCCAGGAUAGAAAAUUCACAGAUUCAAAAUGCGUGGGACAACAAAAAGUCCACGGCCAAGAACCUGCUGGGUCUGAUGGGUCUGGCUUUUGAUCCAAACCGCACAGUGCCAAUAAAGAAAAGCAGCAUUCUUCUUGAUAUGUUUCACAACGCGAAUGUUUUUGUGGCUGCAGAGUUGCAGAAAGAGGCCAACGUUCCAGAGAGAGACUGCAAGACGCUGUCCUCUGAUCUGAUCGAGUACGCUCAGUACAUGAUCCGAGAGCACAACGACGACUUCAAGGCGAUGGCCCAGGACGAGAAGAACUACUACCAGGACACGCCCAAACAGAUCAAGAGGAAGAUCAACGAGUACAUGCGGUGCCACCCGGACGCCUUCAUGGACUCGCUCGCCGCUCCGUAGCGGCGGCCCGGGGAAAAGCAGCCGAGCCGGUUCUGGACUCUCUUUUCCUCCCGCGUGUCAGGAUGUCGUCGUGUAGAGACGUAGUGCGAGCGGGACACGCGUCCGGCGUGGGGAUGUAGCUGAUGCUCGUGGACAUCUGCUACAUCCCGAUGGGGACGAGCUGCAGCACUCGGACCCUGUAAAGAUUUCCUGUUUUAAUGAAUUUGUGUGUGUGUGUCAGUCAAACGUGCUUAGCCGACAUGUGUUUGCAAUGAAAUCAUUUAAAUAUCUCUAGGCUCACUUUGCAGACGUCACUGGCUUUCUCUCCGGGUGGGGAGGCGUUUUUUUUAAAGCGUGACGUGUUGAUGUCAGAGCGAAAUCUCUGCAGCGACAUGUUUCAAGCUUUAGAAUGAACGAGUUUGAAGUGACACCAAUUGACUCGGUUCCACUGAAUUCGUCAGUUGAUUUUUGAAUCUGAAAACAGUCUUGGCGAGGACCUAGAAGAGUUCUAUAAAGGUCACAACUUGAAGUGAAUUCUAAGACGUUCAAUAAACCCAAACUUUUCUACAC